CGAUAUCAACUUACGUCGAAUUGUUAUCGUUUCACAGGACUUACCUAUGUAAAUACGGAACGUACACUUCGGUCAAGAAUGUCGCAGAAAUUUUGAUUUUGGGUGAUUUAUUUGGAAAGUUCCUCUCCAGAAGGGCUUGAUGGUUUCACCCGGAACUCUGGCUGCUGCGAACAACCAGACUAGACUGCUGGAUGAUUCCUCCCCCACCCUCAACCAGAACCAAGCCCAGGACAGCAUCGACGUUGUGGACAUAAAUCUGGAAUCGCGUAACAAAGUGGUGCCGGGGAGCACAAACUCAAGGAUGACCUCGCCCACCAUGGCAACGACGACUGACAUGCGGAAAAAAUGGCAGGUCUUGCCAGGAAGAAACACAUAUUUCUGCGAUGGCAGGAUUUUGAUGGCUAAACAGAAGGGGAUAUUCUACUUGACCACUUUCUUGAUUCUUAUGGUCAGCACAAUGUUCUUUGCUUUUGACUCUCCAUACUUGGCGAAGAGAGUGACGAUUGCCAUCCCCCUCAUCGCAGCUGUAAUGGUCGUCUUCUGCCUGGCCACUCUAUUCAGAACCAGCUUCACAGACCCGGGCAUACUGCCCAGAGGAACGGCCGCAGAGCUAGCAGACCUAGAAAGACAGAUAGAACCUCCAAAUCCAGAUAACCCACAGUACAGACCACCGCCAAGAACGAGAGAAGUGACAAUUCGAGGCCAAACUGUCAUCUUGAAGUACUGUUUCAGUUGUAAGCUCUUCCGUCCCCCGAGGACGUCGCAUUGCAGCAUGUGUGAUAAUUGUGUUGAAAAUUUUGACCACCAUUGUCCGUGGGUGGGAAACUGCGUUGGCAAGAGGAAUUACCGCUAUUUCUAUCUCUUCUUGGUCUCAACGUGUAUAUUAUCUAUGUUUGUCUUUGCCUGCAAUAUUACUACACUUGUACUAGUGACCACGGAGCAAGGGGGAUUCUUAGAGGCGCUGAAGAACAAGCCGGCCAGAUAUCCUUUUCCCAUCUUCCUCACACCAUUAGGCAGUAUCGUGGAGGCGUUGGUCUGUUUUAUCUCGAUCUGGUCCGUUCUAGGAUUGGCAGGCUUUCACACGUAUCUUAUCGCAGCUGGUAUCACAACAAAUGAAGAUAUAAAAGGUGCGUGGUCCAAGAAACAUGACCAAGAUGCCUUUAAUCCCUACAGCAAUGGGUCUGCUGUGUCAAACUUCUGCUCCACGUUAUGUGGGCCAAAUACUCCAAGUUUAAUAGACAGGAGAGGUAUUGUGACGGAAGAAUACACCAAGACUCUAUGCCAGAGCAGCCACAUGUCCCCAGCCCAGCCUUACAUUCCAGUACAGAACUCCACAAUCGAUGGCGCUACCUAUCCAAGGCAAGCAAUACCUCGUUCCAGCCUUACAACCAGCUCAUCUUCCGAUAGUAGCACCUACGAGAGCUGUUCAGAGGACCGUCCCUUCUCCAGGCAUCAUCCCAGGCCGGCUCAUCCAGUCUCCUUCCUCCAGCUCUCCGAUCUUUCCACCACCUCCUCCAUACAGAGCAAUAAAGACUCCAUGGUAUCCCCGACGAACAGCAACGCCUCCACGUUGCGCUUCUCCGCCGCGCUCAACUCAGUCAACUCCACGUCGUCGCCCACGCAGCAGCAGCAGCACGAGAUGCAGCCCCUGCUACCGGCCGGUCACGGCGAGGAGCAGUGCGAUACGAGACCAGAGGACGCCGCAGGUUCCCCACAACCGUCUCCCGGGGUGACGACGUCUAGCCAUGAUGCCUUCCAGACUCCCAGUCAAUGUGGGAUCUUGAAGUUGAGUUCGGUAUAGCACCUUCUGGUUUCAAUUCGUGUUUGGUUUGGUGUUUAGCAGGACUACCGUGCCAUGGCUCAGAGUAGUUGAACACCGAGUACAUGUAAGGCUAACACCAAGGAUUCUAGGCUUUCAUCAUCUUUGCAGCUUAGAAAAAGUUAACUUCAAUUGAUUACCAAUUGUAUGUAUGCGGACAUCAACACAAAUGCUAACACAUUGUGUAAACCUGUGUUAAGCCGGUGGUAGAGAGAGAGAGAGAGAGAGAAUUCUUUGGUCACCAGGUCAAUGGGUUAACAUGUAGUUAUCAUCGAUUACCUAGGUAGUUAAAGUCCCACUGUA